CUUCACCUGCGGGCCGACACCCCGCUGCCCGUCCGCCAUUCUGCAGCCUCCCGUUCCACCGCCGAACACUGCCGCCGCCGUCUCAUUGCCCUCGCCUCCUCUCCCCCACUCCCCCCACUACAUUGCUCCCGUCGGGCUCGGAUCGACGCGCGUGCGAGUCCCUGGAGGAGGAGAAAUCGUCAGCAAGGGAGCAGUAGCCUCCUCCCAUCGUUCUUCCACUCGGAGAAGCAGUCCAGAAGAGGACAGGGGUCGCCGAUCUCGUCGCUGAUGGCGCCGCCAUCAGGAAUCGACGACCUCGAAACCGACCACCGUGAAUAGGCCAGUAGAGCAGCUGGGUCAGGGGUACUAGAGUCUAUAGCACGUAAGGGUGCUUUGGUGGCAAUGGAGGGAUCAGUCAACUCCGACAACAAGAGUAAAGGAGUUGGUUACCAAGAUGGAAAGAGCGGUGGCAAGAUGCAGAAUGUCACCAUGGGUCUGGAGGUAUUUGACUGCUCCAUCUGCUCCAACCCCCUCAGGCCUCCCAUUUUCCAGUGUUCUAAGGGGAAUUCCAUUUGCUCGCCUUGCUGCGACAAGCUCCCAGAAAGCGACCGCUCUGCUGUCCAGCGCUGCUACAUCAUGGACCGUGUCGUCAACAACAUCUUUGUUCCCUGCAAGCACGGAUGCAACAGGAAGAUUACCUACUACAACAAGGAUGCGCACGAGGGGGAGUGCCUGAUUGGGCCCUGCGUGUGCCCUGUCUCUGGAUGUGGCUUUGUCGCACCAACAACGGCACUCCUGGGCCAUCUUACCACCCUGCACAAGUUGCCAACAACACCGCUUGAAUUAUUCGGUAUGUUCUACUUCCCUGUCCAGCCAGGAUCUCAAGUGCUAUGCAGCGAAUAUGGUCGACUCUUCCUUCUUGAUGUGGUUCCGCUCGAGUCCUUUGGCCAUGCAGUCUUCCUUGGGUGUGUCCGGCCAGAAACUCCGCAAGGCACGGUCGAUGUAUCUCUCUGCUUCUCGAGCUUCGAAGGGCAUUUUCAAGCCUCAAAGGUUGAAAUCAAACCUGAUGGAGAACCAAAACAAUGCUUGUUUGUCUUGCCUGGUAGAGAAACCAAGGUCGUGGUCGGCAUGAAGAUAUGUAUUGGGUACUUUGACAACGACGAGCUGCAGGAGGAGGAGGAGAAGGAGGACGAAGAUAUGUGUGAAUACGACUACGACUUUGACCAUGAGGAGGAGGUUGACGAUGAUUAUGAUUGAUUUGAUGUCUCAUCAAUGUGUAUGGGUGCAAUACGUUUUGAAAUACUUUAUGCAAUUAAUCUCCUACAUUCAGUAGGUUAUGCUUUAUACUCGCCCCGAACUAUCCAACAGUGCUCCAAUGUUUCUAUCACUAGUCCUUUGAAGAGCGUUUCUAAUAUGUAUGUAUCUGAAUGAUUAUGGAGCGUUUCUACAUCAACAUGUUUAGAAUUCCUUU